AUGAAAAAAGUGAUACAGUUAGAUGGGGCGGAUCGUAUCAGUGAAUCAUCAACGGAAGAAGAAGAUUUGGACGAGGAGGAGGAGUACGAUCCGUUGAGAAGAAUUGCGAAUCGUAUUGAUGAGGAACAGGCAAAUGCACCUGAGGACGAGGAACAGGUUUCACCUGCCACUUUAUUUAGCAGCGUUGUGCCUCGUUAUCAAAGUGCGCCAUAA